GUUAUCAAAGAUUCAUGGCAAUAUCUAGAACGUGAUAAAGAGGGCGAGUUGCUCCGUAAAGCAGCUAGUAAGGGUAUUGUCCAUGUAGCUCGGUAUUAUCACGAGACCGUCCGGGUACGGAAUAUAGAGGACGAUGUCUGUAACAAUGUCCGUAAAGGGCCGGACAUUACAAAGGCCAUAGAUUUCUGGCAGAGUCGAUCGCUGGUCUCUCUGAGCACGACGAUAACGCUACUUAGCGCGCUUGCUGACUGCAUUUCGGGACAUGAGUCGUUACGGCAGAGAGCGGGUCUCCUUCACCGGGAUAUCUCCAUUGGUAAUCUUUUGAUAGGCGAGGAUAACCGCGGGUUUUUGAUCGACUUGGAUCUCGCCGUGAAGGAGCAACGCCUUGGCGCCUCCGGAUCCAAGGGGAAGACCGGCACGAGGGCCUUCAUGGCCGUUGGAGCUCUUCUAUGCGAGCGGCACUCGUUCACGCACGACCUCGAGUCCUUCUUCUGGGUGUUGUUCUGGAUAUGCAUCCACUGCGACGGUCCCGGCAGGGGCAGGGUCGUAGACCGACUUGACAGGUGGAAUUAUGCCGACAUAGAGGAGCUGGCAAAGUUGAAGCUGGGCACGGUGUCUGACGAGGAUAUCUUUCGUAUAACCAUGGAGGAAAGCUGCUACAGCUCGGUGGCUACAGUCAGUAUAGCUCUAGAAGGCUGUAAACAGGUACGACACCACAGCGGUAUUCGCGCCGUAGGCGGCACUCCUAGACCAACUAUUACAAUCUAUAGAAGUAGGUAA